CUACUUCUUCCCACUCAUAUACCAUCAAAGAUACAUAUAUUCAAACAUGUUCAUCACCCACUUGCCUGCAUCUUCUUUUAAAUCAUUAUCAUCAUCCUCAUCGUCAUUUCAUAAUUUGGAGAGAAAAAAAAAAGAUGAUCAAGAAAAAACCCAUGAUGAAAUUACUCAUUAAUCUUCCAUUUUUAUUGAUUUUAGCAAGUAAUCAUCUUUCACUGCAUAUGGUUCAUGGACAAACCCAAGAUUCAUGUGAUUCAAACUCAAAUUUUGGUAGUCUCAGUAGCCAGAUCUUGUUUGAAACUUCUUCUCUCAAUUGUCUUGCUGUUUGGUCUUCGGAAAAUUUCAUCCUUAGAUAUUCACAAGCUGGCCCAAGUUUGUGGAGUUUUGUCUUAUCGGCUCCAAUAUCGAAUUCUUACAUUGGAAUGGGGUUUUCACCCAACGGUGCUAUGGUGGGGUCCAGUGCCGUUGUAGGGUGGGUGGCUAGCGAUGGCUCAGGCAACAUGAAAAAAUACCUCCUUGGUGGUCAAACCCCGAGCCAAGUGUUGGUUGAUCAGGGAGACCUAGAGAUUCUUGGAAACACAUCUACAAUUCUUUCAGAUACUUCUCGAAUAUAUAUGGCGUUUCAGUUGGCUAUAGACGAACCAAGGCGACAACUUGUGUAUUCUGUUGGGGAUAACAGCAAUCCCCCUCCAAAUACACCGAGCUUUCGCUUGACUCAACAUAGAAACCAUGCAGCCAUCCGUUUGAAUUAUGCCUCAGGUGAAGGUAGUCGAAUCAAGGCCCCUUACUCGAACUUAAAGAGGGCUCAUGGAACCUUGAACAUGCUGGGGUGGGGCAUAUUGCUCCCUAUUGGCGCCAUGGUUGCUCAUGAUCGUAUUGAUGCCAAUGUUAACAAGCACAAAGGACUUGGCAUAACGAUUCUUGCAUUUGGUUGCCUUCAGGUACUAGCUUUCUUGGCUCGUCCUGCUGUAGAGGCAAAAACAAGAACAUACUGGAACUGGUAUCACUCCAGUGUAGGGAGACUAAUGAUAUUUUUUGCGAUUGUGAAUAUUUUCUAUGGGAUCCAUUUAGCUAAAGCAGGAAGCUCAUGGAAUGCUGGUUAUGGAGUCGUUCUUGGAAUUUUGGUUAUAAGUGGUUUGAUUUUAGAGAUUAACAUGUUAAGGAAAAAGUAAUUGGUAUAUCUUUAUUGUUGGUGCUUAUUAUAGAUAUGCUUCGGCUCAAGUGUGUAUGUGUAUUGGAACCAAUAGGCAACU